UUGCUUUUGAAGCAAAAAAAGUUGAAAAAGAUUGAACGGGUAUUGCACUGACUGAAUCCGGUUUCGAAACAGUGAUAUCGUCUACCAAGAGAAAUUUAAGGUCGAAGGAGGGAGAAGAAGAGGGAGAGAGAUGGGGUUUUGGGAUGCAGUGAACUCAACGACUGAUACAAUCAAAAGAAAUGUCCCCGACACCAUUUCCGUCACAAACUCCGUUAGUUCAGUGGCGGAUACUAUCAAGCAAAACAUCCCCGAUAUGACUCCCGUUGCGAACGCCGUGAACAAGAUCGGUGACACCGUAAGAGUCAAAGAAGUUCAAAAGCUGAAAGAAAACCUUCCCGACUCAGAAGGCUGGAAGGAGAUCGGCCGUUCUGUGAAAGACGUGGUUGAUGGACCUGCCGGCGAAGAGGUGUCCAAACUCUUUCCAGGAGGAGGUUCAGCUUAUAGGAUUUAUAAAGGGUUGAAUCCAAAGCGGGAUGAAGUGAAAGAUCUUAAGCAAGAAGUAAAGGGUAUGAGAGCAGAGAUUGAGAAACUGAAGAAAGAUCGGGCACCUCGUUUGGACGCAGAAGAAGGAUUCAAGAUCACAGAUUUCUUUGGUGAUCAGUUCUGUUAGAAGCGGGUUCUUGUAAAUGACUACUUCCUAUUUGACUUGAGUGCCCUGACUCCUGAGUAUGUUCAUGAAUCAUGAUGGAACUAGGAUCUUUUAAAGUUUAAAUUUAUUAGAAAUCUAGAAUCAUGAUAAAUUGUACGGAGACUGGAGAUAUGGACAAAUUCUUCGUCAUUGUUUAGUGUUCGUGGGUGUUAUAUUUAAGCUUCAAAAUGCCUGUGAAUUGUGAAUCAGACCCCAAUUGCCACAGGUUUCAGUUA